UCCGGCUGGUAUUCCGCAUGAUGGCGAUGGAGGUUCAGUGCCCGGACCCCAGCGGCGGCAGCUCCAGUCGGCUCGAAGUCUCCAUCGACGGCCUGACGCUGAGCCCCGAUCCGGAGGGUGAGCAGGAGCAUGCGGAGAGCCCGGAUCCCCGGCAGCCCGAGCAGAACCUGUCCGAGGGGAAGGAUGGGGAGGACGGCGACCCUGCCAAAACCAUGGAAAGGAAAUGGGGCUUUUCUAUGGAGGAACUGUAUGGCCUUGCACUGAAAUUCUUUAAAGACAAAGACGGGAAAGCCUUCCAUCCGACGUAUGAGGAGAAGCUCCGCCUCGUGGCGCUCCACAAGCAGGUGUUGCUGGGGCCCUACAACCCAGAGGUCUGCCCGGAAGUGGGAUUCUUCGACGUCCUGGGGAAUGACAGAAGGAAAGAGUGGGCCUCGCUGGGCAGCAUGGGGAAGGAGGACGCCAUGGUGGAGUUUGUGAAGCUGCUGAAUAAAUGCUGUAAUUUAUUUGCACCAUACGUCACGUCACACAGAAUAGAGAAGGAAGAGCAGGAAAGGAGAAGGAGAGAGGAGGAGGAGAGGAGGCGUCUGGAGGAGGAAGAGAAGGAGCGGCAGCGGCAGGAGGAGGAGCAGCGACGCAGGAGAGAGGAGGAAAGGAGGCGCAGGGAGGAGGAGGAGAGGAGGAGGGUGGAGGAGGAGAGGUUUCGAGUGGAGCAGCAGAAGCAGCAGAUCAUGGCAGCUCUGAACGCGCAGACAGCGGUGCAGUUCCAGCAGUACGCGGCUCAGCAGUACCCGGGGAGCCCGGAGCAGCAGCAGGUUCUGAUCCGGCAGCUGCAGGAGCAGCACUACCAGCAGUACAUGCAGCAGCUGUACCAGGUACAGCUGGCCCAGCAGCAGGCGGCCUUGCAGAAGCAGCAGGAGGCGGCCAUCGUGUUGUCCGCAGCGGAGGCGGGGUUGAGCAAGCCACCGUCCCCUGGGGGUGACAGCGCCACGCCGAACGGACAGGCCAACGCCAGCGCAGAGAGUCUGGAGAGAGAGCCGGAGAUGGAGCUGGCCGAGGAGCUGACGGAGAACGGGCUGAGAGCGCUGGACUACUCUCCUCCGCCCAUGGCACCGGUCAUCACCGCCCCCUCCAUGUGGACGCGGCCGCAGAUCAAGGACUUUAAGGAGAAGAUUCGGCAGGACACAGACUCGGUGAUCACGGUGGGGCGGGGCGAGGUGGUGACGGUGCGCGUGCCCACGCACGAGGAGGGCUCCUACCUCUUCUGGGAGUUCGCCACCGACCACUACGACAUUGGCUUCGGCGUCUUCUUUGAGUGGACCGACUCGCCCAACACAGCCGUCAGCGUGCACGUCAGCGAGUCCAGCGACGAGGACGAGGACGAGGAGGCCCAGAGCGAGGAGGAAAAGGCCAAAAAGAACAGCAGCAAGCCCCAAGUGGAUGAGAUCGUGCCGGUGUACCGACGAGAUUGCCACGAGGAGGUGUAUGCUGGGAGCCACCAGUACCCCGGCCAGGGCGUCUACCUGCUCAAAUUCGACAACUCGUACUCCCUCUGGAGGUCCAAAAACGUCUACUACAGAGUCUACUACACUAGAUAAGCCAGGGCAGGGCACUGGGUGUGUGUGUGGGGGGUGAGGGCGGGUCCCGUGAGUAGGUCCUCUAGGGGGCAGGUUUGACCCCCCUCUCUGUCCUGUUCAGGAAGGGGGUGGGCAUUCGGAUGUGCUGUGGAAGGGUAUCUUAUCCUGUUUAUGUCCAGGAGGGCGGGGAGUAUUAAGCUUAAAAUCCCAUGCCUUUUAACUCUCUCAAAUGCCAUGUGAAGUAUGUAGACUCGUAGCAGAACACUGCCUUACUUUUUUUUUUUUCCUUUUUUUUGAAGCCAUCCCAUGAUCAUGAUUUGUAACAUGUCGUGAUACUGCAUAAUCUCCUCAACAAACUUUCCUCGUCCGUCUGUAAACUCAACACAAGCAGCUUCCGGUCCAGGCACUGAGUCUGCGGCCAGUGGCGGGGGUUACAUAUGAAGGUCUGAACAGGACGCAAAGUGAGGGCUUGGGGAAGACUUUGGUAGGGG